CGACAGUGAAGUUGACCUCAUCGUCCCAUGGUCCUUUCUCACUCUCUUUCUCUUCUAGUGAUCAUUGCACUUCUCCUGGCUCAUUCAUUCUGACCUCUCUGAUUCCUGGCUAUCGUCCUGCUUCGACGGACAUUGCUGACCAUGUUUGAUUAACUGUCUCUCUCCCUUUCUAACUGUACUCGCUACGGCGGACAUCUGUCAUGGCAACCUCGAGACGCUCCGAUCCUUCACGUCCGCUUCGUUCCAGUCGAUUGAAAGUCCAGUCAUAUCAUGAAGACAGCAGCUCGGAUGAAUCGCCCGAUGGCAAUGGUGAUGGGGAUUCCGAAGAGGGAGAUUCGCGUCGCUUAUCGCUAUCGUUGCGGCCCCGCAGUUCGAAUCGUAUACCACCGUCAUACAGGGAGGAGUCAUCGGAUGACAACUUCGAAAGAAAUGCAAGUGAUGAUGAUAUAGUGGAAGCGCCUGGUGCCUCGACUGAUCCAUUGCCCGCUCCAACGAGCAGCAAUGGUACCGCCUCUCGACCUCGUCGUGACAGGACGGUCAAGACACGCUCUCAGACCAGACGUUCGAAACGCCCUAUGAACAAUUCGCGGAUGGAGUUGGGCAGACCCCGGAGCAAGCGGAAGAAGGUGGAAGUGGACGAGACACCUCUGCUCACUUCAGGCGUCAUACCUCCAUGGCAGCACUUGCCGUACCACAUACUGUUCGAUAUAUUCUUCUAUGCAUCACAGCCACUGGUCGAUGAGAGGAGCGUCACUAGAACGGGCUCUGUGCAAUGGCUUGUCCAGGUAGCUCUACUAUGUCAUGCGUUUUGUGAGCCUGCACUGGCAGCUCUCUACUACUCUCCACCGUUGAUACCAGCUGCCAAGUGCCAUGGCCUGCUUAGCCUACUGUCUCAGCCUCAGGACUCCCUUUCCACUAAUUACACCAACAAGAUCAAGGAACUUCAUGUUGAUGUAGAAGCCUUACUCUUAUACAAAAGCGGACCGACCUUAGGAUAUUUUGAAUUGCCUAGGUUGAUUGAAAACACGCCGCAAGUAAAAAAGAUGCGACUGUACCACGCGGAGGACUACGUCGUGGGCAUUCCUCCAUGGCAACGCGCGCGCUCGAAAUGGGGGUACCCAGAGGGUCUUUUUGAGUCGAUUGCCUACAGCUCGAUUCGACUUCGCAGUUGGGACUGGAACAGUCGGUUCAUGGAAACGCCAGAGCUGGCUCCGCAUGCCCUGACAAAGCAUCUGCAGUCUGCGUUUCAGGGCAUAGAAGAGCUGCGCUUGUUGCACGUUGCGUCAGAGGAGUGGGACGAGGAGGGUGACGGGUAUAUCUCCAACGAACGGGAGGUCGUUAUGGCGACGGCCCUCAAGGAACUGCCGGGACUGCGUCAAUUGGUGUUUAUAGAGUGUUCCAUUGUGAACGAACAUCUCCUACCCCACCUCCCGACGACACUCACAUCCCUGACCCUCAACAACUGUGACGAAGUAACGACGGCGAACUUUGGCGCAUUUCUCACCUCUCACGGUCAGCAUCUACGUGAACUCAAUUUGAGCCACAACCGUCAUCUGAGCAUGUCUUUCAUUGUCGGACUUGGUGGAUCGUGUAAAAAUCUUGAAAAGUUCAAAAUGGACAUUUCGAUCCACGACUGGUCCAGCUAUCACGACGUGGAACCUCACUUCCCGGAACUCAUUCGCUCGUCGGAAGUCCCAACAUGGCCGUCUACACUGCAAGAUAUUGAGUUGAUCCAGCUUCGGAAAUGGGACGACGCAGCUGCGGAGGUCUUCUUCACAUCUUUGAUUAAUGCCGCACCAGAGCUACCCAACCUGCGACGGCUCGUCAUCAGUGCAAUCUUGAAAAUUGGCUGGCGCGACCGUGCAACAUUCCGAGAAAAAUGGAUUGGACGACUGGAGCAUGUUUUCCUACGACGCAGUGCACCUCCGGACCCCAAUCUGCGCACUCUUCGGGGUUCCCCGCCACCUCCCGAGCCAGUUGAAGGCACUGCAGAAGACACUGCUGGUCCCCACUCUGAUACACCGAAUAGCGGCCCGUCAACACCAUCGAAGCGUAAAAGUGCCCGUCUCGCGCAGCGCAAAAUCAUGGAGCUCGAAGACGACGAUGAUGACGACGUUGAAGGUAGUCCAUCGCCAAGUCGCACUGCAAUGGAGGGGUUCGGCGAACAGGAGCCUCGUGCAAUGCAGGUUCAGGGCAUGUGCGACGUUGUCAUGGUCCGAAUUGACAAUCAACGUCCGACGGAGACGCAGUUCAGCGAGGGGGACUUUCUCGAUGAUGAGGUUAGCGGGGACGAGGAUUGGGAUGGGGAUGAUUGGGAUGUUGCCGAAGGGGGGUAUGCUUGGUGAUUUUCUCACUUGUUUCUUUUAGUAGUUACCCUUUUUAUGAUGAUUAAACUCAACUAAUGGCGAUCUACGGCGCUUCCAUGGAAGGAGUUUGUUUGGUUCGGAAAGGCUGGGUUCGGGACUGACAAUGUUUACUUCGAUAUUCGGUAAUGUUACAUACUACGAUAAUGAAUCUCAACUUAUGUUCAAAAUGAAGAUCCCCG